GUUUUUUAAUUUUGUUUUUACGUGUGUACUACUCCCCGUCAACCAUGGAAAAUGGACCAGUUUCUUGUUUACCAACAACUCCGAAAAUGUCUAAAGCUAAAAAAGUGAUCGAAGAAGCUCUGGAAAAUCAAAAUCCAGAGCUGGAUUUGGCCGAUAAAGGGGUAAUCUCGUUUGAGGAAAUGCCAGGGCUCAGUAAGUGUACUAAAUUUAAACAUUUCCUUUUAUGGAAACUUGUUUCUUAUUUACAUUUACCUUAUAAGGGCAUCACCCUAUCAUUAAGUACUUACAAUGCUUCCCAAAUUUGUUACUUUUUUAUAAAACAAAAUUCAUUUAUUUCAUUAUAAUAAUAAAUACUGAAUAAACCACUUUAUACAAAUAGUGAAAACUAUACUAAAUUUUUCAAAAUGUAUAAUAUCUAUUUCAUAAUUUAUUUUUUGAUAAAUUGUGAAAAGGUUACUUUUAUGUAAAUUCAAACAUAUAAGAUAUCUUUGAUCAUUUUAAUAAAAUGGAAUUAAUUAAUACUUAAUACUAAUGUAUUUUGAUGUUUAUAUUUUUUUGUGUUAUGUAAAUCUUAAUAAUAUAAUAUAAUUGUCAAUAGGUAUACCUACUUCUUAAAAAGAACUACUAUUAUUUUUUAAUUUUAACAAAACAUACCUAUUUUUGCCUAAUUAUUAAUUAGUUAAAAAAAUAAUUUCUAUGCAGAUCAGUAUAGGCAAAUCACAAUAGGCAUUGUACAAUACAAGCAGGGGCAGAUAGGCUCACCAGGAUAUCAACAUUUUUCUGAUGGGCUUGCUAAUGCAAGAGUAAAUACUUGCAUUUAAUAGCUCAUACAACAUUAAAUAAUAAUCAUAAUCAUUCUCUUUCAUUAUCAAAAAUACAAGUAUCUAAAUUAUAAUUAAAUUGACUUGGUAUUGAAACUUUUUCACUAUAAUAGUUUUAAAAGGUAUCUAAUUUUGGAUAAUAUUAAUACAAACAACUAGUAUUAAUUUAUGUAGGUAUUUAUCAUAUUUGAUACAUAUUGAACAUCUAAUUUGGAAUAAAAGCACCUAAGUAGAUACUAAUUUUGAAAAUAUACCAAGACCAAUCUCCACAAAGAUCUCAGAAGAAUUUUAACUAGAUUUCACGGUAAACUCCAAUCACAUAUAAAUCCACUAAUCACUAAAUUAUCAGCUAACACACUUUCCGAUAACACGCAUCACAGUCUCAAAAUAAAAUGGUGUCCCUACCUUUUUCAGACCUUCUUCUUUGGCAAGCAAUCAUGUAAUAUACUUACGGGGUUUUACCAUCAGUGGAUAAUCUCCCUAAUCUUACGAUUUAUUGUUAUUUUAUUUUAUUUUCAUUUAUCUAACCUACUUAUUAUUCAAAUUGUAUAGAUUUUGGAUUUUAUUUUUUAAUAAAAAAAUAAUAAUAAUAAUGAAUAUAAGUUUUGAAAAAUAACUAAUUUAUGUUAUUUUUUUACAUAAUACAGGCAUAUGUUUAUAGGUAUAUGUGAGGAAAAUAUAACAGUAAUAAUUUAGAAUUAUAAAUAUUAAAAAUGAAUUGUUUGACCAAAAGUAUAAGAGGGGUUUUUGUUUACAAGACCUAUAACUCCUAGCAGUCUAGCUUAUUAACAAGGUGAACUAUAAAAGGAACAAUAUUGUGGAUAAAAUGUUAGGAACUCAAAUUUAGGUAAAUUUAAGUUACCUAUUAGAGUUUUUACCUAAUAUUUCAAUCAUUAAAUUUAGUAUUUUUAUUUUGUUGUAUAAAAUAAAUAUUAAAUUGAUUAGUUUGAUUUUUAUAAUAAUUAAUAUAAUGUAUAGUUACAGGAAAAAGAAUAAAUAUAAAUAUAUUUUACUUAUAAUUAUUUUAUUAAUCAAAUGGUAGAAUUAAUAGGAAUAAAAAUAGUACACAGUCAUUUAAUUUACAUUUUUAUAUUGUAGGUACCUACCUAUUACUUGACUGUUUUCAUUUUUUUAAUUAAUCUAAUUUUGUUUGAUUCUAGUUGAUAUGCAUAACAUUACUCGAAUCACACUGAGUCAUAAUAAAAUACAAAGUAUGUAUUAUUUUUAUUUAUCUAGUACUAUUGAUAAAAUAUUUAUAAUCAUAUAAUUAUUAACAUUAAUUAAUCCAAAUUAAAAUGUGUAAUCUAAAUGUAAAUUAUCUUUUAACAAUUUUCAGAAGUACCUCCUGGAAUUGCAAAUUUAACACAAUUAGAAAUGUUAAAUUUAUUUAACAAUCAUAUUGAAGAAUUGCCUGUUUCAUUAUCUUCGAUGCCAAAAUUGCGUAUCUUAAACGUUGGGUUAGUUCAUAUUAAUAUUUUAUAAAUUAAAAGUAUAGCAUACAAUUGAAAUUGUUUACAAAUACUUAGAAUGAAUCGUUUGAACUCAUUACCAAGAGGUUUUGGAGCAUUUGCUGUUCUUGAAGUUUUAGAUUUAACUUAUAACAAUUUAAAUGAAGCCAGUUUGCCAGGAAAUUUUUUUAUGUUAGGUAAUUAUAAAAUAUUUGAGAAAUUUAGAACAUUUUUAUACUAAUAAAUUACAUUUUUUUUACCUUUAUUCUUCAGAAACACUAAGAGCAUUAUAUUUGGGCGAUAAUGAUUUUGAAACCAUAUUACCAGAGAUUGGUCAAUUGAAAAACCUUCAGAUUGUAAGUAAAUAAAGAAUUAUUAUAAAAAAAUAGUGUAUAUUUAUACACUAUUUUUAAUUAUUUAAUUAUGGAAAUAAAUCAAUAAACGAUACAUUAAAACUACUUAAAGAAAAAAAAAAAAUUUAAAACUAAAUUAGAGAGACCAGUAUAAAUAGAGGACUUAAUUUACUCUACCUAUUACACUAACUGAUACUGUUUUAGAUAGAAAAUUAAUUAUUGCCACGAAAAUUGUAAAACAUUAUUUUGAUAACUAGUUUUUUAUACUUACUAAUGUGUAAAUAGUUUCUAAAAUAUGAAUUAUAUUUAAAAACAUUUAAUUAUCAGGAUAUUAUUAAUAUAGUUUUCCUUUUGGUGGGUUAGGCUAUGGCUACUUGGCUACUAUUGACUACAUCAUAUAUGAUUUUGUACCAAAUGUUUAUAUCAUAAUCUACUGAAACAAUUAUUUAUUAGAAUGUACCAGAUCUUAGAGUUCACAUGUGUAUUGGUGCUUUUUGGCUUUUUUAUUCAAUUUGUUUUCAAGUUCUAGCAGCUCAGUAAACGAAUCGAAUAAUUUACUAAAUAAUAAUAUAUUAUAUUUAAAUAAUCUAAGGUCUUGUUGGAUGCAUGAUUUAUUAAAGGAUUGUAAAAAUGGAGAAUUUUAUGUACAUAAUGUUAAUAAUAACGGGAAUAUAAAUUUAGAGAAUAAGACAUCAUAAUUGACAUCUUACCAUUCUUUAUGUUUUAAGUUUUGGUAUUGAGCCAAUCCUUUAUCCCAUAAUUCUAGUUUUAACUUAACUUUAAUUGAAUGUUCUUUAUCGAAUUCCAUUUUUAAUUUAAAUUUACCAACCUAUUUAAACUUUAUAAACUUCAACUGCAGUAUAUUCAACUAUUUCAUUAAACACACGUUCAGUUGUCACAUAUUAAAUUGAAAAAUGUUUAUAAUAUUGAUAAUUUAUUGAUUAAUUUUGAACCAAAAUAAUCUAAUUUUGUCCGACAUCUAAAGAAAAUUAAAUUGAUUUGUUUCUCUUUGACAUAACCAAAUAAUUGGUAUGUUGGAAACGGCACGUCAGAUAAAUAUCCGACAACCCAAAAUACAAUAAAAAUAAAGUAUUUAAAUAGCAAUAAAAGCUUUGUUAUAGAAUAGGUAACUAUGUAUUGUAUUUCUGUUUUCCAAUAAAUAUUGACCAAUACCACUAUUGUACCUUGUAUAAUAAUUUUAAAAAUUAAUUAAAUAAAUAUGUAGUAUAUAAUAUAAAUGUUUAAAUUGUAUGUAUAUUGUAUAAUGUUUAUUAUACUUCACUGAUUAUAACAAUGUAUUAAAUAUGGCCACUACCGAUAAUAUACAUGGGUUUGUUUUUAUCCAGACUAGUUAGAUUGGAUCGGAAACAAAUCUAAUGUAGCCGUAGCCUUAAGGAUUUAUGGAAUUAUGAAUACUCCUCUAUUAACAAGAGAAAAUAUAUACUUUGAAGAUGUAAUUUUAUUAUUUCAGUUAGUUUUACGAGAAAAUGACUUAAUUGACAUACCAAAGGAAAUUGGUUACCUACCCAGAUUACGUGAGUUACAUAUCCAAGCUAAUCGACUUACAGUUUUGCCACCUGAAUUAGGUAAUUUGGAUUUAUUUGGUAAUAAAUCUGUAUUGAGAAUGGAAUUUAAUCCUUGGGUUGCACCAAUUGCUGAUCAACUUCAAGUUGGUGUAUCUCAUGUAAUUGAUUAUAUUAGAUCAGAGACAUACCGAUAGUAAGUAUUUUUAUCUUAUUAUGUAUACUAGAUUUAUUAUUUAUUUAGAAUCAAUCAUACAGUUGUUGAUAAAAAUUAUCUGAGAUAGGUAUUUAAGAGUAACAUAGAGUAUUAUAUUAUUAGAUAAUAUAUAUAACCAAAACAUAUAAAUUAUAAUUGAAGAUAUUUUAAAAAUGGGACAUUUAAAUACUAGACUAUACAAUUGGUGAUAUAAAAAUAUUAUGCUAUUAAAAUAGUAGAUAUUUUUGAAAAAAAGAAUAAAAAGUAGAUUUUUGACUGGUGACUUCUAUUCUUGAAAUAGUUUUAUUUAAAAACUUUCUGGUUUGUUAUGUAGUAUUUGUUUAGUAAAUUAAAGUUCAAAUAUGAGAACAGCAAUUUAUACAGCAUAGCAGUUUAAACUAUAAAAUAUGAUGUAAAAUGUCAUAAUAUACCAUGCAAUUCUAAUCAUCAAACUCACAGAUUCGUCUUUUUUUUUGUGUUUAUUAUUAUAUACUUUAUUUAGUGUAGUAUAAAUAUAUUUAAAUAAAAUAAAAAUUGACAAAAAUUGUAUUUGUUAUUUUUACAGUUUGUACAAUCGUCAUAUUGCUGCCAGAGGUCCACCACCACCAAAACUCAAUGAUAAAACCAGAAAGAUUUCCAGAAACCGCCAAUAUAGUUAAACUUUUUAACUCUACUAUAAUAUAAUAUGUUUUAAAUUAACUGCUUGGGCGCUGGAACCACAAUGAAAUCACUAGAAUAAUAGUGUAAUGUAAAAAUUCCUUAAUUCACGCCUUUUUUUCAUUUAAAUUUUUGAAAUAAUAGCAUUACGGGACAAGAACUAGUGAAUACUACCUUUGUUUUUAAUAAUAAAAUGUUACAAUUGAAUACAUUUAAUUAGUAUCUAAAUUUCAGAUCGAUCAGUAAAGAAAAUAUAUCUAUUUUUUAUUAUAAAUUGUUUACUCCCACUGAAUGAAGUUCAUUCUAGCGCCUGUUUUACUAAACAUUAGUUACUUAACAUUUUAUAAAUCCACUUAAUACAUUAAAAUUUGUUUGAAUUAAUAAUAUUUUCUAAUCAUAUCAGAUUGUAUAAGUAUUAAACACAUUUUAUUAUAUAUAAAUAAUAAUACUUAACUAAUAUUGUAAAGUGAAACUAAAAAUGUAUGCAAUUGUUAAAAAACAUUGGCUUUUUAUCAGUUUAUUUUGAAAUUUAAAAUUUGUUUAUUUUAAAACACAAUAAUAUUUUAUAAAAACUAUAUAAGUGAACAAAUUUUUUUUAAAAAAUUGCAAUAUUUGUAUUUACUAUUUGUGAAUUUUUGUUUAUGGUAUUUUAAUUUUGUUAAUGUUAUAAUAUAAUAAAUAUAUUUUUUUAAUAAAUCAAUACAUUAUUUAUUAUAAUAUUAUUUGAUGACAUUUAUUAGUUUUGGU